AACUUCAAAUCAAAUUUGGAUAGCAUUUUUGAAUUCAAAACGGGCUGCUCAGGUUCACUGUGAAACAAAACACAGAGAGGAUCGUAAUUGUCUUCGUUGACAGAAAUCGAUCCGAAUCUUGAAAAUCAAUCAAGAGAUCACUGAGCAUUCCCUUUAUCAAGGUGUGAACUGUUUUCCCAACUCAAUCUGACCUCUUCUCCGAGUCGACACAAGUGCCAUUACAGAGAGCUCAAUAAGUAGCUAGUGCUUUGAUUUUCGACCAAUCGAAUGAACUGUAGAUGUUUGUAAAUAUGCCUCACUGAGAAUUGGUUUUCAUGUGGACUUGUAUGCUUCACCUAUGUGAUUGAAUGUGAUUCUAUCUAGUCUGGAGUGUUUUCCCAACCCAAUCUGACCUCUGCCCCACCAUGUUUCUUCGUCGAGUUGCUUUGACGUUGCCUCCAUCGAGAAGGUUUUUUAGCAGUAACAGCAGCUAUGAUGUUUCGAGUGCCAUUGCAGAGCUCAAUAAGGAAAUGGAAUCUGUAUUUGGUGAACCUCCUCCAGCUACUCUUGCCGGUUCUAGUAAUAAUGAGCGCAUGGUUCAAGAUUCUCUGUCUGUAUCCCCUAAAAUUGCAGAAAAUGAAACGGGCUUGACCCAUAUUGGCGGCAAAGGUGAAGCCGAAAUGGUGGAUGUCUCUCCCAAAGAAAUUAGCAAGAGAGUUGCUGUUGCCAGUUGCAAAGUUAUUCUGGGAAGGAAGGUGUUUGAUUUGGUCUCAGCCAAUCAGAUGGCCAAGGGAGAUGUCCUUAGUGUGGCGAGAAUUGCCGGAAUAAGUGGAGCGAAGCAUACAAGCAAUCUCAUCCCACUAUGCCACAACAUCAUCUUGACUCAUGUUCGUGUUGAUCUGAAAUUGAAUCCGAUUGAUUUUAGUGUUGAUAUAGAAGGGGAAGCGGCUUCAACAGGGAAAACUGGUGUGGAAAUGGAAGCUAUGACAGCAGUGACUGUUGCAGGUCUGACAGUAUAUGAUAUGUGCAAGGCUGCUUCAAAGGAUAUUCAGAUUACAGAUGUAAGGCUUGAAUGCAAAACUGGUGGGAAAAGUGGUGAGUGGUCUAGGGAGAAAUGACGGUUUUCUGGAAUAAUAUGGGUUCUCAUUCCAACCGAAUGGCUUUGAGUUGGUGCUUUAGUUUGCAUUUCAUGCCAUACUGAAAUGAAAGUAUUCCAUAUUAGUUUUCACUGUGUUUUCCGUACAAUUGGAGUUGAUUCAUAAUAAUGAAAUGAAAUAGACUAGGGUGAUCCAAAACUGAG